CUCUGCCGUUUCUCAAUCUCAGAAAAAGAGGCCAGAUGCUUGCUGAAAACCAAUUUGAUAACAUUGUGUGCCGAAAGAUGGCACAAACUUUUGACCAUGUUGCGAUUCAUUGUGAAGUUGCUCAACUACUUUGGCCCAAUUUAGAGAACCCGAUUUGGCAUGGAAUCCUUAAGUUCAACACCUAGGGGUUUUUUUUAUCCAGAUCAGAUAAAAAUAGGUUAUCAAUGGGAAAAACAAGAUGGUUCCCUCAACGUAUGUGAAAACAGUCUUCAUCUACUAUGGUACUUAGGCCCCAACAAUAAGGAACAGGACAGUUUCUUUCAUAAUGCCAUAGUCAGCCAGCUUGCUCCCAUCAUCUAAUACUAUUCCACAGUAGAUAAUCUUCUGCUGCUAUGGUGGAAAUCCCUCAUUGCAACUUGUAUUACCACUCAAAAAUUCAAGAUGUAUCUGCAUUCACCGAAUAAUACGAAACCCAAGGUCAAGGGUAGACUCAUAUUGUAUGCAGCAAUCAGCCAAGAUGAGCCUCUGCGUAUUUGGUGCAAUAUCCUCCGUAUCUGCACAUUCUCAAUUGUUUCAGAACUCUCAACCUCCAGAGUGAUUCCCAGACUUAUGGAGUUUUUUUUUUUAAUACAUAAAAAAAAAAAAAUCAUUCCAGAGUGAUUCUAUUCACAGACUCGACAUCCCUUCCUUGAGUUGUUUCCCUGAAAAGAUUAGCAGCUUCUCAUCUUGAAUCCUUGCCUUUACACCAUCUAUGGUAUCAGAGCUUUCCACCUCAAGACUAAUGGUCUUGCCACUCGAGAUCUUAACAAAAAUGCAUAUAUACAACCUCGCAAACAAGAUACCAAACCAGAGAGGUUGAGAGCAACUAAAGCCUUGUGGCAUAGUUUGGAUGGAAGGGAGCAACCAGAUUUUGAGGAUCAUAGAGAGUCAGGGUAGAGGAAUUGUGGGAAAAAGUUUUCUAUUGGUUUCUGUUUCAGAAACUUUUAGGGAUGGAUUCCCAUCUUCAUUUGAGAUUUACAACGAGGCCGAGGCUUUAUCCAGAAUGAGCAUUUUGCAGACUACUUCCUUCCAACCUAGUCUCUGUGUCAGAAACACUUCUCAAUCUCUGCACCUCUCUUCUAAGCCAUAUAUUUUACCAGUCCAUGCUAAACUUCCCCUUCAAAAUCCUUCCCUGGCAACCCGUAAUGCAUCAAAUCAGCAACAGUGCAUGUCCAUAUUAAAGAACCAGAAAUGCAGGGCUGCAUCUACAUACCAACAUUCUUCACGUGUCUGCUUAUUGGGCGGCAAGGGAAAGCAUGGAAGUGAUAACGAGGGCUCCCCAUGGAAAGCUCUUGAGAAUGCAAUGGGUAAUCUGAAGAAGGGAUCAUCGAUAGAGGAUGUAUUACGUAGGCAGAUUGAUAAGAAAGAGUUCUAUAAAGACAAAGACAGUGCAACACGUGGUGGUGGCGGUGGCCGUGGUGGUGGCGGCGGUGCUGGUGGCAGCGGGGGUGGUGGUGCAGGGGGUUCUAGUGGAUCAGAGGAUGAAGGCUUUGCCGGAAUCAUUGAUGAAACAUUUCAAGUGAUUCUAGCUACUAUUGGGUUUAUUUUUCUGUAUGUUUACAUCAUCAGUGGCGAGGAGUGGACUCGUUUAGCGAAAGACUACCUCAAGUUUCUCUUUAAAGGAUCCGAGAGUGCUCGUUUGAAGCGAGCCAUGGACAAAUGGGGAAGGUUCUACCAGAAGCUGACUGAGAAGUUGUAUGAUAAGGUUGGAGAAGGCCAUACUCAGUACCCCCAACUUGGUGGGAUAGCCCUGUGAAGUAGCGCCACAUUGUUAGAUCUUAUUUAGCAUCAAAUUCAGAUCAGUAAUCGAGUCGCACUAGUAUCGUUUUGCUCACCUUCCCUCUACAUUUUGCCUUUGCUGCUUAAAAGUCAUUUUGAUUGACCAGGACGUACUUGUUGGUCAUAUCGAGUCAUUAUUGAUGGAACUGUUGAAAACUUGCUUUUACAGUUCUUACAAGAGCAAUAAAACUAGCUGCAAUGUGAAUAGAAAAUUAAGUUGCAGUAGCUGGAAUACAA